UCUCCUUCUCUCUGACAUCAUCCAUCUCCUAUAAACCAGGACUCUCCCUCUCUAUCUUCUCUCCUCUCCUCUUCUCUUUGUCGGCAAGACUUCGAAGACUCGCCAUUCGCCUUCACAUUUCUUCGUCUCCAACUUCCUUCCCUCCCUUUCUCAGCUUUAUCAGGGACUUGUUAUUUGUUAAAGGAGGCUUUUGACCAUCUGAAAACAGAAGUUUAUUGGUCGGCGCCCAGCGCACAAUCGGGCUGUCAACAUCAUUGACAGCCCGAUUUUCUUGGAUUAAAUCCAACACCAGGAAUCAGUUUUUGACUUGGGACUUCUGAGACGAGUCUAUACAAGCAUAUCUUGAUAUUGGCAUGAGAGAUUUUGUUCUGUAUGUACAAUAUGGGUUCCUUGUCUGGAAUCCUUCAACGACAAUUCACUGCUGCUGCUCUUGUUGCUACGGUGUCUGUUUCUACUGACUUUUCCAAUAAAUGGCCAUUUAUUAGAUCAUCAGACACUUGUUCCACCUCAGAACAAAUUGAUUCAUCUGUAUCUUUAGCACAAGAGUUAAAGUCUUCAUGGGUUUCACAUAUAUCCGUUUCCAAGCUUGUAAAUUUGUCAUACAUAACGCAGAUACAAAUCCCUGUACCUAAUGUUCACAUGCCUGUCCCUAACCUUGGCACCAAGUUUGUUCCUGGUACAUGUGGUUCUUUCGCUUCUCCUGUACUUCUUUAUUCGUAUCAGUCUGCCAAGUUGCCCCAAGCAGCAAAGCCAACGGUAUCUACGAAAGCCAUCUCUAGCUCACCACCUGAUGUUUUGUAUAGAUGGCAUUUGCCAGAGCCAUAUGCAAUUGAUGUUUCUGGGACUUCCAACUGUUCGUCUGUGAAAUCCAAGACUGUGGUAGUAUUGUUAGGAUGGUUGGGAGCAAAACAAAAACAUUUAAAAAGAUAUGCAGAGUGGUAUACUUCAAUGGGUUUUCAUGCUAUUACCUUUACUUUCCCAAUGAGUGAGCUCGUAAGUUAUCAAGUUGGCGGCAAAGCUGAACAGAAUGUAGAAAUGCUUGUUGACCAUCUUGCUGGUUGGUUGGAAGAACAUGGAAAGAACUUGGUUUUUCACACUUUUAGCAACACUGGAUGGUUAACAUAUGGAGUCAUCCUGGAGAAGUUUCAGAAGCAGGAUCAUUCUUUAACGGCCAAGAUCAGGGGUUGCAUUGUGGAUUCUGCACCUGUUGCCCGACCUGACCCUCAGGUCUGGGCCUCAGGUUUCUCAGCAGCCUUCCUGAAGAAGAAUAGUGUUGCAACCAAAGGAUUUAGAAACUCGAUGACAUCAGAUACAGAGGAAGUAGUUGGUGGUCACAAACCUGCAGUAACUGAAUCCGCUUUGCUGUUGGUUUUGGAGAAGUUCUUUGAGGUUGUUUUAAAUCUUCCUAAAGUGAACAGGAGGCUUACUGAUGUGGUGGCCUUGUUGUCCUCGGGGCAGCCGAAAUGUCCACAGUUGUAUAUAUAUAGCUCUGCAGACAGAGUAAUCCCGGCUGAAUCGGUGGAGUCGUUCAUCGAUGAACAGCGAAAGGCGGGGCGUGAGGUCCGGGCAUGCAACUUUGUGUCCACACGUCAUGUUGAUCAUUUCAGAAAUGACCCAAAUCUCUAUACUGCUCAGCUCAACCAAUUUUUAGAAGACUGUGUGCUUGCUGAAAGCAUUGUUAAGCUAAACAGAUGAGGGACUGACCAGAUUCUUUGUUAUCAGCUUUUGUUCAUACAAAGUAUAGACAUUGAUUCAUUGACAUAGAUAAAGGUUGUUGAAUACAACAAAAGAAAUAACAGAUCUUCUCCAUUCUUUAUUAUAUCAAAAGCAUAAAUCAAGAUUUCUGUUUCUCCUCUCUAGUAGUCAUUUGUCAACUUUGAAGAUAAUUUUUUUUUUCUU